UUAUUAGAUGCGAAUAAAUGUAUUGCCAGAGUCACUGAAUGAUUAUGCUAUAUUUCAGCUUAUUUGGAUUUGCAGCGCAAUAAGACGUAAACAAGUGUCUUGCAUCCGUCUAGUGCCGUUAGAAGUCAAUUUCGCAGUUUGCUAGUCAGGUGGUGUUGCUGACCAGUGGUGGUGUGGGUUGGGCGGAGAAGGCGGCUAACGUUAACUACUCUAUAGGCACUUGUUAGGUAAUUCGCCGGGUGGUUGAACGUAAUGAGCUGUAUUGGUAGCAAAAGAAAACAUAAUUUGCGAACACAGAAUGCAUAACAAAGGGACAGAGGAGGUGGCCAAGUUGCAGAAGCAUCUAGCCCUGCUGAGGCAGGAGUAUGUGAAGAUGCAGCAGAAGCUGGCUGAUACGGAGAGGCGCUGUGCCGUGCUGGCUGCUCAGGCCUCCGGCCAGGGCUCGGCCGGAGCCAGGGCGGGAGACACGUUCAUCAGCCGCCUGCUGGACAUCGUGGCCGAACUCUACCUGCAGGAGCAGUACAGCGACCUGAAGUUGAUUGUCGGAGGGCAGACGAUCAACGCUCACAAGUUUGUCCUGGCCGCUCGCAGCGAUGCCUGGAGCCUGGCCAGCCUGGCGUCUACUUCAGAACUGGACCUGUCAGAUGCCAAGCCGGAGGUUGCCAUGGCGAUGCUGCGCUGGGCCUACACAGACAAUCUGGAGCUCAGCGAGGACGACGCCUUCCUCAUUGAGCUGAUGAAGCUGGCCAACCGCUUCCAACUGCAGCUGCUCCGGGAGAGGUGUGAAAAAGGAGUGAUGUCAUCUGUGAAUGUGAGGAACUGCAUCCGGUUCUACCAGACGGCUGAGGAGCUGAACGCUACAACCCUCAUGAACUACUGUGGAGAGAUCAUCGCCAGCCACUGGGAUGAUCUGAGGAAAGAGGACUUUAGCACUAUGAAUGCUCCACUGCUCUACAAGAUGAUCAAAUCUAAAACCGAGUUCCCACUUCACAAGGCCAUCAAGGUGGAGAGGGAAGAUGUGGUUUUCCUCUUCCUCAUCGAGAUGGACUCACAGUUGCCUGGGAAGCUGAAUGAGCUGGACAACAGUGGCGACUUGGCACUGGAUCUGGCCCUGUCACGCAAACUGGAGAGUAUCGCCACAACGCUCGUCAACAACAAGGCAGAUGUGGACAUGGUGGACCAGAGUGGCUGGAGCCUCUUGCACAAAGCCAUCCAAAGAGGUGAUGAGUUUGCCUCCACCUUCCUCGUCCGACACUCAGCACAGGUGAAUGCCGCUACAGUAGGGGCGGUGGAGACGCCCCUGCACCUGGUGUGCUCCUUCAGCCCCAAGAAGCACUCCGGGGAGGUGAUGGGGGGCGUGGCACGCAUCGCAGAGGCCCUGCUCAAGACCGGGGCCAACCCGAACAUGCAGAACAGCAAGGGCAGAACUCCCUUACACGAGGCUGUGUUGUCUGGGAAUGAGGCUGUGUUCAACCAGCUCCUACUGUGCAAACAACUGGACCUGGAGCUGAAGGACCACGAGGGAAGCACCCCUCUGUGGUUGGCCCUGCAGUACAUCACCGUGACCUCUGACCCCAACGUGAACCCCUUCGAGGAUGAUGCGCCGGUGGUGGAGAACGGGACGUCUUUUGAUGAGAACAGCUUUGCAGCCCAGCUGAUCAAGAGAGGCAGCAACCCAGACGCACCAGACAUCGCCUCAGGGAACUGUCUCCUGCAGAGGGCAGCAGGUGCAAACAAUGAGGCUGCUGCCCUCUUCCUGGCCACGCACGGGGCAAAGGUCAACCAUGUCAACAAAUGGGGCGAGACCCCUCUCCACACGGCGUGUCGCAGUGGUCUGGCAGGGCUGACCGCAGAGCUGCUCCAGCAGGGGGCUAACCCAAACCUCCAGACCCAGAAGGCCCUACCCAGCGAUGGCCAGGGGGUCUCCUUGCAGAGCCCCCUCCACAUGGCCAUCGUACACAACCACCCUGACGUGGUCUCCGUCAUCCUGGAGCAGAAAGCCAAUGCUCUUCAUGCGACGAACAACCUGCAGAUCAUCCCAGACUUCAGCCUCAAAGACUCUAUGGACCAGACAGUAUUGGGCCUGGCCCUCUGGACAGUCUCACAUGCCAUGGAUAGCGAGACAAGCAGAGGAGGAAUGCACAACAUAGCAGCUCAGCUCCUAGGCUCCGGGGCGUCCAUCAAUGACACCAUGUCUAACGGUCAGACCCUGCUCCACAUGGCCAUCCAAAGACAGGACAGCAAGAGCGCCCUGUUUCUCCUGGAGCACCAGGCGGACAUCAACGUUAGGACCCAGGAAGGGGAGACCGCACUGCAGCUGGCCAUCAGCAACCAGCUCCCCCUGGUGGUGGACGCCAUAUGCACGCGGGGGGCCGACAUGUCCGUGGUGGACGAGAGGGGGCACCCCCCUUUGUGGCUGGCUCUGGAGAAUGGCCUGGAGGACAUCGCCUCCACACUGGUCCGACAUGGUUGUGAUGCCACCAGUUGGAGCUCCGGUCCCUCGGGCUGUCAGCAGACACUCCUCCACAGGGCUGUGGAUGAGAACAACGAGGUGACCGCCUGCUUCCUCAUCCGAAGUGGCUGUGAUGUAAACAGCCCUCGGCGUCCUGGCCCCAACGGUGAGGGUGACGAGGAGGCCCGGGAUGGACAGUCCCCCCUUCACCUGGCGGCCAGCUGGGGACUGGAAGAGGUGGUGCAGUGCCUUCUGGAGUUUGGGGCCAAUGUCAACACACAGGACGCUGAGGGCCGGGCUCCCAUUCACGUUGCCAUUAGCAACCAGCACAACGUCAUCAUCCAGCUGCUCAUCUCCCACCCGGACAUCCGCCUGAACGUCCGUGACCGCCAGGGCAUGACCCCCUUCGCCUGCGCCAUGACGCACAAGAACAACAAGGCUGCAGAGGCCAUCCUGAAGAGAGAGCCCGGGGCGGCAGAGCAGGUGGACAACAAAGGGCGUAACUUCCUGCACGUGGCGGUGCAGAACUCUGACAUCGAGAGUGUUCUGUUCCUGAUCAGCGUCCAGGCCAAUGUGAACUCCCGGGUACAGGACUCCGCGAAGCAGACCCCGCUGCACCUGGCUGUCCAGGCUGGCUCAGAGAUCAUUGUCCGCAACCUGCUGCUGGCUGGGGCCAAAGUCAAUGAGCUGACCAAACAUCGGCAGACGGCUCUCCACCUGGCUGCACAACAGGACCUGGCCACCAUCUGCUCUGUGCUGCUGGAGAACGGGGUGGACUUCUCUGCUGUGGAUGAGAACGGCAACAACGCCCUGCACCUGGCAGUAAUGCAGGGUCGCCUUAACAAUGUGCGAGCCCUUCUCACAGAGUCCAACAUCGAUGCCGAGGCCUUCAAUCUCAGGGGCCAGUCACCAAUGCACGUCCUGGGACAGUACGGAAAAGAGAACGCGGCAGCCAUCUUUGAGCUGUUCUUGGAGUGCAUGCCGGAGUACCCAUUGGACAAACCAGACAAUGAAGGGAACACUGUACUGCUGCUGGCGUACAUGAAGGGCAAUGCCAACCUAUGUCGAGCCAUAGUGAGGUCUGGUGCCCGCAUGGGCCUCAACAACCACCAGGGAAUCAACAUCUUCAACUACCAAGUAGCCACCAAGCAGCUACUCUUCCGACUCCUAGAUAUGUUGUCCAAAGAACCCCCUUGGUGUGAUGGAUCAAACUGUUAUGAAUGUGCAGCCAAGUUUGGAGUCACCACAAGGAAACAUCACUGUCGCCACUGUGGCCGGUUGCUCUGCCACAAGUGUUCUAUAAAGGAGAUCCCCAUCAUUAAGUUUGACCUGAACAGGCCUGUGCGGGUGUGUGAUAUCUGCUUUGACGUGCUGACUCUGGGCGGAGUGUCCUGCUAAUGGGACGGGUGGCCUGCUUUCAUCUCUUGAUGUUCCCGUUAACGCGGCUGUGCCCAGCUCAUCACCCUGGCACUGUGGUCUGGGCAACAUUGGAGAGAGGAGGGCGGUGUGGCUGUGAAAACCAGGUUUACCCUCAUGGAACGUUAUCUGACAAGAGCUACGAACAAACCACAACUUCUGUACAAUUCAUUCCAGUCUAUACACAAAUGUUAGUGUUCUGGCAGGACUUACCAAGUACACUUUUUUUCUUUUAAAGAAAUUGUUAAAUCAGAGUAAAUGAAACGCUAUCUUCCUGGCUCAGUGACUCCUGGGUUUGGCCAGUUGGAGGGAGUGAGGGCAGACGUUAUUUAGAUUGUUUUAUCGGACUACUGGUCGUGUUGUUGUCAUUAUUUGACCUCAAUGAUGAUUUAUCAAGUGUUUAAAGGUCUCAUGAGAAUUAUACCUUUAAACGGAGAUUAAAGAAUCUCCGUUGGGAGCCUGAGAACAAAUGGACAAUGUUUCUCCAGCAGCUGUCAGUCACUGGCCAUCUCUUGGGCUAAACCAGUUAACACAUUGCGCUGCUGAGACAUCCAACCUCACAAAGUCCCCACCAUCUCCUGCCCCCCUGGUCCCAAUAAUCUGCACUUUCUCAGAGUGGGCAAUGGUUUACUUUCCAUCAUGGAUUCAAAAGGACUGCUUUAAAAAUGCACACUUGGUGGGAAGUAUUAUUACUGGGACGCAGAGUUGGCCUUCAUCUCUCUUCCACGUCUGUAUAUUUAAGCUGAUCGUUGCUUCUUUCCCCUCAUUUUUCAUUCAUUGUGACAGUUGGCUUCGGUGUCUGUUUCUUUUAACGAUCUAUAGACCGAUUAGUUGCAUUUUAAGGUAAUAAAGGGCUGCAUUUACACAGGCACUUUACGAAGUGCAACAGAUUAUACACUAUCAUUUAUCCAGGCUGAUUUGAUUGGUUAAAGCAGUUUCCCAAUCCUGAAUUGGGCAUCAAUGGGCUGAAGAAUGCCAGAAUAUCAGAAUUUGACUGCCUUUCUAAUUGUUGCCUGCAACGCCGAUCAUUGGUUUUGUAGGGACUACAGCUUUUCCACACGCUACAAAUAAAUUCAAUCAGUUCUAGUUUUUUCCCCUCUCAUUAAAAUGCUCAUAACACUAAUCUGGUAGCUAACACUUCAUUAAAUCUGUUACAUGUUUAGGAAGCUAGUGGUCUGCUUCUUAAAAAUCAAAAAGGGGAUUAUGUUCACCUGAUUGAAACUGAACUGCAUAAAACAACCAAAACAGCAUUUUUAGACCACACGUUCAAAGUCUAUCUCAACAGUCCAGUGUGACCGGUUAGUCCCAAAUAGUCGCUCUGAAAUGAUACUUAGCGCCGAAAUGUCUAUUAUGCUAUGCAUGUCAUCUCAAUUGUAGCCUAUACAUUUUUAUCGUAAUCAUUGUGAAUUUUGUCCCCAGAUCACCAAAGUGUACAUUCCAUAAUACUGUCGUAUCGGGUGGCUUGUUGUUAUAUGUAACACGCUCCAAUUGGGGUUGCCUCAAAUCAAGUGUGGUCUUGAACUACCAGGCGUGUUUCCCAGAUCCAGAUUAUGGCGGGUGCCUUCUAGUCCGGAACCAGGCCAGUUAAUCUCUGUCCAGGAAACCAACUUGUUUUAUGCUUCUUGAUUUCAGAACCUAACCAGGUGCACUUUAUCAAGAUUGUGACAUUUCUGAUCAUUAUAGGAGAGAAUGUGAGAGGUGGUUGUGGGAGCUGAUCCAAUCAGUAGUCCAGUCUAGGCAUUGUUAAAUUGUACAGAUAAAUGUAUAAUAUUUUUGACCACUACAACUGUUUUGUACUUAAUGCAGUUUGUGCUUUUUUUGUAAUUGUGAAAAAAAUGAAA